AUGGAUCCAAACUUCUCUGAUUACGGCUUCGAGUAUUUCGACCGGAGCCCUAAUUUUAGUGGGGACCCAUCUUCAAUCUGGGAUCCGACAGAGGAGGAGGAACAGUGUUCUGUUCCAUCUGAUGAAAACGUUUCGUCUGCUACACUGUUGAAAUACGUGAGCCAGAUCCUUAUGGAAGAGAGUAUCGGAGAUAAGCAAUCUAUGUUCUACGAUUCGUUGGCUUUACGAAAAACUGAAGAAAUGUUGCAGCAAGUGAUCACAGAUUCACAAGCUCAGUCCUUUAGCUCUAACUCGAUGAUCACUAGUACUGCUAGCGAUGCAAGCGGAAGCAUCGACUCAGCUUAUCCGAGAAUCGUUUCUUCUUCACCUGUGGAUGAGAUUGUGGUUAGGAGUAUGUUUAGUGAUGCAGAAUCAGCUUUACAGUUUAAGAAAGGGCUUGAAGAAGCUAAGAGGUUUCUUCCCAAUAGCGACCAGUGGGUUAUAAAUCUUGAAACCGAACGAGUUCCGGUUAAAGAAGAAGAGAGUCACUCGAGAGUUAAGAAGAGUCACGAAAGAGAAGUUCUUGAAUUUGAGGAAACAAGAAGCAGUAAGCAAUCUGCAGGGAACGUUGAAGACGGGAAGAUAACGGAUAUGUUUGACAAGGUUCUGCUUCUUGACGGAAAAUGCGAUCCGCAGACGUUGUUAGACGGCGAGAGUCAAGCGAUUCUUAGAGGAGAGAGCAAGAAGAUGAAGAGUAAGAAGAAGAAGAAGAAGAGCCAGGUCGUUGAUUUCCGCACGCUUCUCACUCUAUGCGCACAAGCCAUUUCCACAGGGGAUAACACCACAGCUCUUGAUCUGCUCUUCCAGAUCAGGCAAGAGUCCUCUCCUCUCGGCGACGCUGCGCAGAGACUCGCUCACUGUUUCGCCAAUGCGCUCGAGGCGCGUCUUCAGGGAAGCACCGGUCCUAUGAUCCAGACGUAUUACUCUGCGUUGACCUCGUUGAAAGAUACAGCUGCGGAUACGCUUAAAGCGUACAGAGUCUAUCUCUCUUCGUCUCCUUUCGUGACCUUGAUGUACUUCUUCUCCCUUCGGAUGAUUCUCGACGCUGCUGUAAACGCAGAGGUUCUUCAUAUAGUCGAUUUCGGGAUCCUCUACGGGUUCCAGUGGCCUAUGUUCAUCCAGUACAUAUCGAACCGGGAAGACGCACCGCGUAAGCUACGGAUCACCGGUAUAGAGCUGCCUCAGCGAGGGCUUCGUCCCGCGGAAAGAAUCGAAGAGACCGGACGGAGACUGGAGGAGUAUUGUAAACGGUUUAACGUCCCGUUCGAGUAUAAAGCCAUUGCCUCUCAGGACUGGGAAAAGAUUCGUAUCGACGAGCUCGAUAUUAGACCGAACGAGGUCUUAGCGGUUAAUGCUGGACUCAGGCUCAAGAACCUUCAAGACGAGACAGGAGGUGAAGAGAAUUGUCCAAGAGACGCUCUCUUGAAGCUGAUAAAGAAAAUGAACCCGAAAGUUUUCGUUCAUUCGAUCGUUAACGGUUCGUUCAACGCACCGUUCUUCACAUCCCGGUUUAAAGAAGCGGUUUACCAUUACUCGGCUCUGUUUGACAUGUUUGAUUCGACGUUGCCUCGGGAUAACCAAGAGAGGAUUAGGUUCGAGAGGGAGUUUUACGGGAGAGAGGCGAUGAAUGUGAUAGCUUGCGAGGAGGCGGAUCGGGUCGAGAGACCGGAGACGUAUAGGCAGUGGCAGGUGAGGAUGGUUAGAGCCGGGUUUAGGCAGAAACCGGUUAAGGCUGAGUUAGUUGAGUUGUUUAGGGGGAAACUGAAGAAGUGGCGUUAUCAUAAAGAUUUUGUGGUUGAUGAAAAUAGUAAAUGGUUGUUACAAGGAUGGAAAGGUCGUACUCUUUAUGCUUCUUCUUGUUGGGUUCCUGCUUAG